UAUAUACAUAUACACAUGCACUUUUAUUUAGAUAUUUUUUUUAUUGAAUAUGAAUUCUUUUAUUGCAAAUCUUUGAUAAUUAAAUGAUAUACAGUUGAUCAAUGAUAAAAUCACAAAAAUAAAAUAAAAAAAGAAUGCUUACUUUGACAAUAUAUCACAUGUUGUGUAUAAUCCAGUGACCAUUUGAGAGAAAUGUAAAUUUUACGCCGUGUAAUUAAUUCGAUGUAAUGAAGCUAUUUAAUUGAAUAAAUAUUUCAUACGAAAUUCGAAUAUACGACCCAAGUAUUUCCUUCCCAGCUAUUCUUUUUUGAGCUUUAGUUAAUUUUACUUAAUUAUCGUUCAAACUGAUUGCACAUUGUAAUUCCGCAGUUUGAUCAACAAUUGCAAUAAACAGAGACUUAAAUUCUUUAUUCUCUCGUGUAAUUAUGUAAAGAUGGAUCAAAUUGGGGAAAAUGAAACAAGUUGUAACGUACGCUAAUUAGUUUUGCAGAUGGAAUUAAUUUUCUUUGCCCUACUCUAUCACCCGGUCGCUACGGUCAUUCAUGUUUUUUAUCAAGCGUAAUGCGAAACGCAGCCACCGACAACCACUUUAUGGAAUGCAUCACACAUUUAGCGUGCGUACACGUGUGUAUGUGAGAGAGACAGGGACGAAGCGAAUGUAUUGUUUGAUUUUUAGUGCAAUCGUAUUGGAAAACGCGAAAUUUAUACAUAUACAUAUACAUACAUAAAUUGUAAGUGGUAAAUUAAAUUUUUAAAGCUACAAGAAAGUAACAAUGGAUUGUAUAAAUAACUUAGAGAUUAUAAUUUUGAUUUUCAAUUUUUUAAUGUUUUUGCACAUUGAAUUAAUUGCAAUACAUUUACCACAGAAUUAUGUUUCAAAUCAUAAUUUAUUUUUGUAAUUCUGCGUUUUAAAUUGUCGUUACUGUAACUUUCGCGUAAAACUUAUGCUAACCACUGGAAAUGAGAAGAGGAAGAAGAAAAUAUCAAAAGGAAAAGAGGAAGAGGAAGACAGAGAGAAGAUCUUUAUCCGCCCCUGAUUCUACACAUGUGCGGCUCAUGUGAGUGUCGAGUUUAGCUGAGAAAAAGAGGGAUUAAGAGGAAGAAGGAGAAGACCGGCAACGCGGAACUGAGGGAUGUAAGCGUGUGUGACACACUAGAGAUGAGGAAAUUUCAUAUUCUGGAGGAAAGGAGAAGAGCCUGUGGAUCAGUCGUUUUCGUGAAUAGUCUAUUCUAAAGUCGUGUCCAACAUGGCAGCGCGUAGAAAAGAAGAGCCGAUGAAGCAGCGAUAUCAAGCAAACGCUCGAGAAAGGGAUCGCACUCAUAGCGUCAACACGGCUUUCAGCGUCCUGAGAACUCUGAUUCCGACCGAACCGGCUGACCGGAAGUUAUCGAAAAUAGAGACUUUAAGAUUGGCUAGCAGCUACAUUAGUCAUUUGGAUGCUAUACUCAUUGCGGGUGCCAUAGAUCAACCCUGCUCACGUCUCGUAGAAAAUAGCGGCGUUUAUUCGACCAGACCGCAAAGUUCGGCUUCGACCGGUGGUACGGAGGGGUCUAGUCCUGCCUCUAGCCCUGCCUCGGCCGCGAGUCUUACGAUGGCUGCGCCGAAAUACGGUACGCUGGUACCGAAUCGUAUUUUCGUAGGUGGCAUCUCGGCGAGCACCAGCGAAGCGGAGCUCGCACAGCUCUUCUCGGCCUACGGCAACGUCAAGGCCACGAAAAUUAUCUCAGAUCGUGCCGGUGUGUCAAAGGGUUACGGCUUCGUCACCUUCGAAACGGAGGAAGAAGCCAAGCGGCUUCAACAGGAGGCCGAAUGCAUUGUUUUGAGAGAGAGGAAACUUAAUAUAGCACCCGCGAUCAAGAAACAGCCCUUCUCUAGAUCCUUCGACGGUAGUACCGGUUCGCCUCCUUCUGUGCCUACAAGUACUUACUACUAUGCGAACGGUAUGGGUCUCGCUUAUCAGAAUGGUAUGACGUUCUAUAAUACGGCAGCUCCCGCACCGGCGACUUCUAUCGCUCCACCUACGGAUCCAGGAACGAUUUAUCAAGCCACAGGAGUGUUUGGUCCUCAAGCUGCCACCAAUCAUCAAACAUUCGCUCCUGUGAUGUAUCCAUGUCCAGCCCCGUCGCUAUAUAUGCCGCAGCAAUAUCAGUAUUCGCCUAUGCCGUACGAACCGUACUACGCAGGAGCGGCGGCCGCCGCUGGGGCGCCUCAGUACUUGUACGCUACUACCGGCGGUUCGCCGAGCAACACGAGCAACGGUGGUGGUGGUGGUGGUGGUAAUGGCAAUAGUUCCGGCAGCAACGGCAAUAACGGUACAGGAGCGACCAGUCCGCCGACAGGUCCGCCGCCGCCUCUCCCACCUCCACAUCCGACGCACUUUUACGCACCCGCCGCACCGCCCCCGCAUCAUCAUCCACCUGUACCAGCGGGUCCGCCGCCACCCCCGGCGCAAGUGGAUCAUCUGUACUAUACUCCUUUUGCAGCUGGCCCGCAUCCCGCGCUGCCGCCGCCGCCGCACGCGCCUAUGGGAUUGACCGAGCAACAGCUAUUGCUGUACGCUACGGACGCUACGUCAUGCCAGCAAACCUCCACGUCUGACAGUCAGGCCGUUCCGCAAGAGGAUUCACGUCCGACGCCGAGCCACUCGGAGCAACCGCACGGUGAAACGCAACAGGCCUCUUCAGGCUCACCGGCAACACCUCUGGUGCCCCUAAUACCUGUCAAAUACCCCGUGUCCGGUCGUUACCACGCAAAUUAUCAUCCGAUCGCGAUACACACCGCACCGCAGAACGAUAGCGAGGACUGCACCAGUCCGAUGCACUGUCGCAUUCUGUAUCACCCGGCCGUAUACAUUUCUCACGCACACGCACCGCCGCCCUAUACGACGCAUCACAACCACAACGCAUCAUCCGGCACGGCUAGUCUCCUGCCGACACCGUUCUCGGCCUCGCCGCGUCAAUCCGGCUACGACGUCAACACAAAGACACACGGUUACAAUUCCAGAGAGUGCGGCGGCAAUAAAUAUACGGGCGGUCAGAAUAAUGGUAACAAUAACAAUUUACGGGGUCAGGGAGGUCACGGCUAUCCUCUGAACACACAUACACCCAAAUCGCAGAACGCACAGGGUGGUUCGCAGUCGCACAACAACGGAAGGUGUAGCGGAAACACGGGGGCGGACGGUUACUCACACAAGUAUUCGACGAUAGCGAUGUCGUCGCGAUUACCAGUUCAGUACAAUAGGAGGACGGCUGGAUCGAACGUGGGCUCGUCGGCGAUCCUUAGGUCCGGCAACGGCGGUUACGGCUCGAGCCAGGCCGCGCACAAGUUUAAUCACGCCCCGGCGUCCAAUUACGGUGGCUCGCACAAGUCGAGCAACGCCGUUCACGGCUACGAGUACUCGACGAAUGGACGCGCGAGGAACUGCGGCGACGAUCAGUAUUAUGAAAUUGGCAACGGCAGAUCGAUGGGCAACGGUGCUUAUGGUUCUACGGGUCGUAGAAAUUACCUAUCGAAUAACAACAGUUACAGAGGAGGCCCCGCUCGAUUGGAUCUGCACAUUGGAAGCGACAACAAUGGUCGGCCUAACAACAACGAUGCUUCUAAGACUGACAAUGCCGUCGUCGUCGUCACGACGUCAGCGACGUCGACGACAACGACAACCUUGUCGUCUCGCCUGUCUCCAGCCGACCGGGCGAACGCGGAUGCGUCCAAGGACGCUCAGGAGAAACCGGCGAGCCCACCGCCAGCUCCGUACUCACCCAUGACACAGCUUCCAACUCUCUCACCACCCACCCCUCAGGUCCAGUUUUACGCUCCGGUCCAGAAUCGUUAUCAGCCAUCUUCCAUGCCUUCGUCGCAGCAACAACAACACCAGUCUACCAACAACAGCCAACGCAACAGCCGGUAUUCCGUCGGUCAGACGCUGGCUAAUCGAAAGUCCGACAAGUAUUCCGGCUCAUCGCAGACGACGAUGCUGCGACAGGGUGCCAAGUACAAGAUGAACGGUAUGAUACAGACCGCGGCGACGACGGUGACGAGCAAGCUCGUCGACGAUAAUUUAGGUGGCGCCGGCGACGGUCCUGGGAGGCUACCGAUUACGCCACCAGGUACACCGCGGGUGGGCGGUCACCCAGCGGCCGGUGAUCAGAAUCAAUUGAGCGAUACGUGCCAUCAGAUGCAGGCGCUGACUCUGUAGAUGUUUUCCAUUCAUCUCCCCGUCCCCUUCCUUUUUUUUUGUUCUCUGCGUCCGUUUUGUUGUCUUCUUAUCGAGAGUAUAUAUGAAAAUAUAUGUAUAUCUUAUUAGAGUCUAAAGAGAGAAGAGAAGCCACGCGCGACCUAAGAUAUAUGACGGCUGCAAACUGUGAAGAAAAAAUGUAACAGUAAAAAAAAUCAAGAUAUGCAAUAUACACAUAUAUAUACACACAUACAUACAUAUAUACACGCUACGGUAUGAUUUCUCUGGUGAUCUCAGACUCGACAUGUUAAAAUAAUUAGGCAUUCGAUGUAGGAACGAAAUCUUCUCGAAUUCAAUAGCUUGCUGAUCGGUUGAGCGUAAUUCCGACAAAAGCUCUGCGAACGCGUUCUAUACAGCUGUGUAUAAAGAAAACAGGAUACGAUAGAUUAUUAAUUGUUACGUGGCAGGAAAAGAAAGAGCGUGAAGAAUGUGUGUAGAGAAAAAACUUAAAUGAUAUCCGACAGGUGUGUAGCAGAGAAUUAAUAAGAAAACUUUUAUCUCUUAAGAACAUACACAUAUACACAACACGUACACACAUAGAUAUGUCAUUUACAUAUAUCUACGUUAUAUAAUAUAUAUUAUAUAUUAUACUAUUACAGUAUCCGAUGUUAUAUGCGUGAUAGGCUCGACAAACCAUGAAUCUCCGCGAGCAAGGCUAGAUUAGUUAGCAAAAGAUAGAAUCGAGGAAAAAAAAAGAAGAAAUAACGUUGUUAUCGUACAAAAAGAUGAGCGAUUUGUCAUGUGUUCAAAAAUAAAAAAAAAAGAUAAAAGGAAAACAAAGCAAAAGGGGUAACAAGAGGGCGAGAUAGGGUUGAUUUCAUAAAAACGGUUGCUCAAGGCACUGCCACAUCUCCAUUAAUUUUAUUUUAAUUUUUUUUUAUUAUUUACCCCGAAAAAUACACGGGGAUGUACCCGUACUUAUAAUUUUCUUCUCUCGUUAGAGUAACCGUGAAUAUAUACAUAUAUAUAUAUAUAUAUAUAUAUAUAUAUAUAUUAUACAUAUAUAUAUAUAUUUCAUCUCGCGUUCUUUUUCAAACGUAGAGCGAGCUGAUGUAAAACCGGAUUCGUUAUUCUUUUUGUUGAUAUAUUAUUCCGCGCUAAACGUUGUAAAUGUUAUAGCUGUUAAAUAUCGGGAGAAAAAAAAAUGAGAAAAACCGUGACCCACAAGUACGAAAAGGACGAAACGCCCCGUACCCAAAUGAAAAUAAGGUAAGAUAUUAAAAGAAGAGAGAAAUAAUAAUAAUGAAUUAAAAAAAUGUGUCGGCUGUGAGCUUCCAAGCAAAUAACAAUAAUUAAAUUAUUAUAAUAUUAAAAAGGUUAUUAAAUAAUAUUCUACCUAAUUGUUAUAAAGGUGGAUUUCUUUUACCUGUAAAUGUGAAACAAAUUUGUUAUCUCGUAUCUCACGUAGUUAUGAUUGUCCAUUUGAGAGAAAAAGAGAGAGAAAGAGAAAGACAGAUUAUAGAGAGUUUCGGCGCCGUCAUAUGUAAAUGUUUUUGCGGCGCAUAUACAUUUACCUGAAGAUUUCGGUAAGACAUCUGUAUCGGUACAUAGGUAGAAACACGAACGCGACAGACAAGGGCCUAGAAAGAGAAGGCGUAGAGAUAAUAUCCGAGCGAACACUGUUAACACAAAGAAAUUAAUUUAUUGAAAAAGCAAGAGUGCCUUCUAUUUGUUUUCAUAAUUGUAUUGUUGACAUUUGUUGCGUUACGUUCCGAGAGCCUCUAAUGUUGUUAUAAGAAAAAAAAGAGAUGUUUGAAGAAUUGUUGUUCCUCUAUUUAUUUAUUGAUUUAUGGGCAUACGUGAUGCUAAUAAGCCCAACUAUAGCCCAGCGAAUUCGGAAGUGUAUGAGAGUAUGAUACUGUAACAGUAGGUCUGGAGAACUCUGUAUUAAUGUGAAAGAACAAACGUUGAAAAAAGAAAAAGACAGCAAAAAAGUCGCAUGAUGAUGAUGAUGAUGAUGAUCGACAUUGCUGUUAAUGCUGAGAUAGAUAUUAAGUGGAAU